UGGAGGGAAGGGUUUCCUCCAAGUAGAGGCGUUUUGGAAACAUUGAAGGCAUGAUGAAAAAAUUGAUUGAGAUGUAAUGAAAGGCUUCACCAUCUACUCCUAGGCCUGAUUGGAAAGGUAAGAAAGUUCAGGAGGAGGAUGAGGAAGUGGACAGCGUUUUGCCGUUUUCCCUAAAGGACCAUCUGAAGGGAUUCCAAGGGGAGGUGCAUCGAGGUAUCCAGAAGAAAGGGUAGUAGAAAGGGGGGGAGACCAAACCCUUUUGGAGACCAACUGGGCAGGAAGGAAGGUGGAUCGGAGGAAGCAAUGGUGGGGCCAAAUCAUGGGGUCCAAAUCUGCUAGGGGAAGAAGGGAGAGAAUCACACCACCACUACAUAGGAGGAGCUAACAAAGGAAGAAGCCAUUGGGGUACGGAUAUAGGCCGAGGAAGUUAAAGAUGCCGAUCUUCGGAGAGGAAUACGCUCAAAGUUGGGUGUAUCGGGUGGAGUGUUACUUUGCCAUCAAUGGUCUGACGGAAGGAGAAGAACCUCAUGGCGUUAUGAAUAUGUUUGGAAGGAAAAGCAGUGGCUUGGUUUUAGUGGAGAGAAGCUAGAUAUCUGAUCUUUUCCUGGGGAGAAUUUAAUGAUCGUUUUUUUUGAAUGUUUUCGAGCCAUUCGCGAAGGGGACCUCCACGAAAAAUUCUAUGCUUUAACUCAAGAUGGGACCGACAUAGAGUAUCGGGAGAAGUUUGAGCUGCUGUCAGAUAGACUGAGGGGAAUUUUUGAGGAAGGGUUGAAAGGAAAUUUCAUGAAGGGAUUUAGGGAAGACAUAAGGGAAGAGCUUAGGGUGCUGAGGUCUAGAAGGCUAAGAGAGAUAAUGGAGCUAAUACAAAAGGUGGAGGAGAAACAUCAGAGGGAGAAGGCCAGCCAGGGAAACCCCAUGUGAGGGGCUUACAGAAACAGCUCUACAACCGUAGCACUGAGGACCCAGAUAAUAUCAUUUCAGAGGGAAGCACCUAAGGAGAAGAGCAAUAGAGUUCAUCCUGGAAGCAAUUUAAAAUGCCUCACAGAACCAUAAGUGCAGAAUAGGCGGGCGAAAGGGCUAUGCUUCAGGUGUGAUGAGAGAUCUAUACCCGGGCAUAGGUGUAAGAAUCGCCUCCUUCAAGUCUUGAUGGUCUGUGAAGGGGAAGAGGAGAGCAAGGACGAGUUGGAGGAUGUAUUGGAGGAGACAAAGCAGUCGCAUUUGGAUGUCGCGGACACUAUGAAAUUGGGCGGGAUUUACUCGAAAUCACACUAUGAAAGUUAUGGGGGAAAAUUGGAGAGCAAUCUAUGGUAGUUUUGGUGGAUUGUUGAGUUGCACAAUUUCAUCUCAAAUUGGGUGGUGGACCGAUUGAGGUUGAAGUUAGCCUGGAUGGAAGGGUGUGGGGUGAUGAUGGAAACAUGCAAGAUAGAGAGGAGCAGGGGAUAUGUAAAGGGGUGGUGAUGACCUUGUAGGAUAUUUAGGUGGUGGAAGACUCCCUUCCCCUGGACUUGGGAAGUACGGAUGUGAUUUUAGGGAUGAAGUGGCUACAUACUAUGGGGAUAUGAAGGUGAACUGAAAAUCAUUGACCAUGGAGACACAGGUGGAAGGCAAAAAAGGUAAUGCUUCAAGGGUAUGCCGGCUUAUGUAAGACCAUGCUCAGGACAAUCCAGGAUGCAAGCUGGGAUAUUUGGUAGAGUUGCAAAGCAUAGAAGGGGUUCUAAAAUAGACGGCAAGGGAAGUUCUAGUGGGGGUCCAACAGAUUUUGCAAUAAUAUUAGGAUGUAUUUAAGCCACCGGUCCGGUUACCACUGCCUUGAAAGCACGAAUAUGCCAUCAACUUGAAAAAAGGGACUUCUCCGAUCAGUGUCAGACCAUACCGUUACCCCCACAUCUAGAAAUAUGAGAUAACGAGGUUGAUCAAGGAGAUGAUUGAUGCAUGGAUCAUUAGACCCAGUGUGAGUCCUAUAGCCCGGUAUUGGUGAAGAAGAAGGAUGGCAACUGGAGGUUUUGUAUAGAUUACAAGGCUUUUUAAACAAGGAAACAAUGCUAGAGAAAUUUCAAUUUUUCGUGAUAGAUGAACUCUUGGAUGAGUUAUUUGGAGCUGUGAUCUUCUUCAAAUUUGAUUUGAAGUCGGGUUACCAUCAAAUCAGGAUGAAGACAACAGAUAUGCACAAGACGACCUUCAGGACACAUGAAAGGCACUACAAGUUCCUGGGGAUGCCCUUUGUCCUCUCCAAUGCCUUGCCACCUUCCAAUCACUUAUGAACUCAGUGUUCCAGCCAUAUCUCCGAAGAUUGGUAACGAAGAAAGGAUCCAUGUAUACUAUGCACGUGGGGAGGAUGAUCCAAACUUUUACCGCAGGUGUUAUUGGCUUCUUGAUAAUAACCACUCAUCUCAUCAAUUACCUUCUCAUGUCGCCAAUGUGUUUAUCUCCUGGAAAUUGGAGCACAUUGUUCUGGUUCAUUAUCGCCAAACUUUGGAGAACGUACCUGCGCUCGUGGAAUACAAAGAACCCUUUUAUCUGGCAGGAAUGAUGUCCGAUAGUUCUCCAUUAACUCCAGUUAACUCAAUAUCUGGAUCAAUGCAAUCAGAUUCGUCUGGAUCUGCAGCCAUGUCAGAAGAAAUUAAUUCAAGAGAGGAUCAGGCCAUCUUUACAGGUUCAGGUAUAUUUCUUUCAAAGAAAGAAACCGGGCUUCACAUUAAAGAAUUAAGCCUACAUGACAUCAAUAACCUUGGCUGGGCGGAGUUAGCUUUAGCAUCCGAAUAUAUUGAACCUUGUAUGGGCAAAGCAGAUGGUGCAUUGGACUCCAGCGAUUCUGUGCAAUUUAAAGCAAUCAGCUCCAUCCAUGAUCAAGGAGGGACUGAAUAUCUUGAGACUCCGGAUGAUCAAGGAUUGCCUUCUGUGCUGCUAAAUACCAGCAACCUGAAAAUGAUGUCACAGAUUGUCAGCGACGGGCCUAAAAUGUUUGAUGAUGACAUCUUCAAUAACAAAAAUGGAUUUGAGCAGUGGGAUAGCUUAAAAAAGGACUCUUUUGGUACAUUGGAAGCUCCACUGAUUUCAAAUGGCAAUGGGUCAAAUUUAUUUAGGGCUAUGGAUCAGUCUUCUGUUCUCCAACAAAUCUUCACUAUUAAUGAGGUUUCCCCUGAAUGGGGAUAUUCUACAGUGGAAACCAAGGUCGUGGUGAUUGGAAACUUUGCUGCAUCGCACAAGCAUCUUGAAAGUUCAAGCAUCUAUUGUGUCUUUGGUGAAUUAUGUGUUGGCAUGCAAAUGGUCCAAUCUGGAGUUUAUCGAUGUAUUGCAUUGCCACAAAUGCCGGGAAAAGUUGAUGCUUUCUUAAGUUUGGAUGGUCAAACUCCUAUUAGCCAGGUUAUUACAUUUCAUUAUCGCCAUGUCCCUGCAGUGCAGUUGAAUGAUGGAGUUACUUCAAAGGAUGCAAAUGGAGAAGAGAAAUUUAGGGAUGUGAUGGCACAAAAAAGGCUGGCUCAUCUUCUCUUCUCUACAAGCGAUAGCAUGCCCCUUUUUUCCAGCAAAAUGCUUCCUAAAGCUAUAAAGGAAGCACAAAGAGUUGCACAGAUUACCUCACCUUAUAUUGAAAAUGAUUGGAAGGAGUUGCUCAAAUUAGACUGUAAGAAUGAGAUUACAUUUUAUCAAGCUUGUGAAGAUUUGCUUGAGUUGGUCUUUAAAAACAAAUUGCAGGAGUGGUUAAUGAAAAAAAUUGCUGAAGGAUGUAAAAUAACUACUCGGGACAGUCAAGGUCAAGGUGUGAUCCAUUUAUGCACUAUUUUGGAUUACACUUGGGCUGUAAGUCUUUAUUCAUUGUCAGGCUUUUCCUUGGAUUUUCGGGAUGCUUAUGGUUGGACAGCAUUGCACUGGGCUGCACAUCUUGGGAGAGAAAAGAUGGUUGCAACACUUAUAUAUGCGGGGGCAAAUCCAAGCUUAGUUACCGAUCCUACUCCAGAAAACCCGGGAGGGUUGACAGCAGCUGAUCUUGCAUCAAAGGGUGGUCAUGACGGAUUGGCUGCAUACCUUGCUGAAAAGGGCUUAACUGCCCAUUUUGAGGCCAUGUCUCUUUCUGGAAAUGUACCAUCAUCUGUCUUACGGGUCUCGAAAGAUCAAGUCAAUCUUGAAGAUCUACAUUAUGAGAUGCUUAGUGAGCAGGAAGUGUGCCUGAAAGAAUCAUUAGAAGCCUAUAGGAAUGCAGCUGAUGCUGCUGAUCGUAUACAAGCAGCAUUUAGGGAACGCACUUUAAAGCUACAAACAGAAUCAGUUCAACUAGCCAAUCCACAGAUGGAAGCUAGCCAGAUUGUUGCUGCUUUAAGAAUCCAGCAUGCCUAUCGCAAUUAUAACAGGCGAAGGUUGAUGAAGGCUGCUGCCAGAAUACAAAGCCAUUUUCGCACUUGGCGAAUUCGAAAGGAUUUCCUUAACAUGCGACGGCAAGUAAUCAAGAUCCAGGCGGCAGUCCGAGGUCACCAAGUAAGGAAGCAAUACCGGAAGAUUGUUUGGUCAGUUGGGGUGCUUGAGAAAGCAGUCCUUCGUUGGCGAUUGAAGAGGAAAGGUUUACGGGGAAUGCAGGUUAAAGCCAUGGAAGUUGGUAGAGCCAACAAUUUAGAGGAAUCAACUUCAACAGAGGAGGAUUUCUUUAAGAUUAGCAGAAAGCACGCUGAAGAAAGGGUGCAAAGAUCAGUCGUUCGUGUUCAAUCAAUGUUUCGCUCUUACCAGGCACAGCAGCAGUACAGAAGAUUGAAAUUGGCUCAGGAGCAAGCAAAGUUAGAAUUCAGUUUGAAUGGUGAUUCUAAGUUUCUUUGAGCUUCUCAAAAUUUCCAUGACUGUACGACGAUUAGUCUGUUUCAUUGGACGAUUUGUCUUCAAUCAGGCUACUGGAUCAUCCGUUUGAAGAUUUGUCAGGUUGACCACGGUUUGAUGCAACUUGUAUGAUGUGUAAUUUCUGUAUGUGGGUUUACGAAUAUAAUUGUUUAAGCAUGGUAGAGGAGUCCAUCUAUGAACAUUAAAAGCUUGUAAAUAUAUGAAAUAGUGUAAAUAGGUGUGGGUAGCCAAAAGAAGCCCCAUGCUCAAGUUCAGAACUCAAGGCGCAUUGUGAAGCAGCAGAACCUCCUGAACCAUUGCUCUGUUUAUUUUUUUUAACCUAUCUAGUAUCUUAAACUAAAUAAAAGCGAUGAUAAUGCUUUUCCAC